AUGUCUCAUUCAAGUGAAGUAUCCGGACGCAACGUAUGCUAUGUUGUUUCCAACGAGCUCGUGAAGAUCUCCUCGCUGCUUCCUUCUAACAAGGGCCGUUCAUUACUUGUUCAUUCAUUGGUGAAGGCGUUUGGAUUGUUUUCUAUGCCGCCAGGCAAACAUUACGGUCGUCUUGUGGUCGUAAAACCCUUCCCUGCAGACUACAAAGAUCUUUCAGUCUAUCACAGUCGAGAUUAUCUAGACCACAUACUUUCUCCAAGCACGUCGUCUUUGACUUCGGACGUCAACUCAGAGUAUGGACUUGAAGAGGAUUGCCCUUACUUCACCGGUCUGCCCGAAUAUGUCCGCCUUGUAGCGGCGGCGUCACUUGCAGCAACGGAUGCCCUUUGUCAGGGUCAUACGGAUAUCUCAAUCUGUUGGGAUGGCGGAAGACAUCACGCUCAUAAGUCAUAUGCCUCGGGAUUCUGCUAUGUCGCGGAUUGUGUUCUCGCUGUGCUCUCUCUGAAACGCGGCGCGAGCUCUAUGCUCACUCUCUCUAGCAAGCCACGUGUUAUGUACCUCGACCUCGACCUGCAUUUCUCCGACGGGGUCUCUCAAGCUUUCGCUUCAUCAUCAUCUGGCGCUGCUGUUCCUCAAAUCCUCACGCUGUCCAUCCAUCACGCUGCUCCAGGCUUCUUUCCUGUCUCACCUCUAUCUGCUCUGCCUGAUCCUUCCAGCCCCUCGUUCAAUCCGUUCGUGCUCUCCAUGCCCCUCGCUCGUGGCGCUUCCAAUACCACUUUUGCACGUAUAUGGCCCACAGUUGAACGAGUUAAAGACGCAUUUCAGCCCAACUUCGUGGUUGUCCAAUGCGGUGUCGAUGGGCUAGCAGGCGAUCCAUGCGCGAUCUGGAACUGGUCACUCGGUGGUGUAGAAGGAAGUCUGGGCUGGUGCAUUGAACGUAUUUGUCACGAGUGGAAUUGCAAGACUCUGCUCCUGGGUGGAGGUGGUUAUAAUUCAUCGAAUGUUGCCCGAGCCUGGACGUACUUGACCUCAAUAGCCCUCGGUUCUCCUAUUCCGCUGGAGUCUGACAUACCUGACCACGAUGCAUUUCCGCUUUACGCGCCCUCGUUCACUCUGGACGUGCCUUCAGGCACGAUGCAGGACCAAAAUACGGAGAAAUACCUCAGUGAGGUGGAAGAGUGCUUCAGCUACGUGGCUGGCGUCAUCGAGAAACGCUUGUCAUCUAUACUGGAACACCAUUAG